AUGAACCAAAUUGACGAAUUCCUUGAAGAAUCUGGUGCAAGUCCGGCCGACAUACGAUCGUUGGCUACUGAUGUUUUGUCUAAUGGUAUUUCGUUACGACCCGAACAGAUCACUGACCUAGCACGACGCAUUAACGACACUAUCUCUUCCCUGACCAACAUUGUCGCCAUUCUGUCCGAGACGUCUGGUGAUUUGGCUUCAGCAAAAGCACUCAAAGAUCGUGCCGACACCGCCAAAGCCCAUGCCCAGGGAAUUCUGACUGUUGUUCAGCAAGUGCUCGACUCUUUUGCUGCCGCUAAAGCCGCACAAGACAAGGCAGAAGAAGCUAUUCAAACGGCUGAUAAGGAAAAGGAUAUUAGCGCAGCUGAAUCGCAUCUAAGUGAGACGGCCGACGCUCAAGCCAAAGCCAUUGAAUCAGUCCAGGAGGUCGAGGGACUGCGGGAAAGGUUACGUGAAUUGCAGCGAAAGCUGAUAAAGAACGAGCGAGAUGUUAAAGAAGCGACCCGCGAGUCUGACGUGGCUGCAUCGUUAGCUACCCGCGCCGGACAAGGCGCAUCAGAGUUGGACACGGCUUAUCAGCGAGCCCUGCGGGCUUUGGAAGAGAAAACGGCAAGAAGUGGUGACGCUCGUGAACGCUCCGACCGUCUUCAAGAUAAGGCUAAUCGGCUGACGGCAAGCGUGUUUGCCAAAGUUCAAGAACUUAAAGAAAUGGAGGAUGAAUACUUGUUGCAUGAGCGUCGGUUGACAGACCUUUCUGAGCAAGUUAUGGCCAUGAAUGUGCGCAUGACCGACUACUUGCAAGUCAUUAGCGACCGCUCGGAGUUCUACCGCACCUGCCAAAAGUAGAAAGUUAGAAACCUGAUAGCAUCGAAACUCCCAUUGCCGCUGGUCCUCCGGACAGUUGCAUUGCCCUCUCCAACCGAGCAUCUGUCAACAGUCCAUCAUUUAUUUUUAUUUUAUUUUUAUUUUUUUCUACGUUAUCCCAAACCUACCGAAUUCAGUUGACAGCCUAUAGCAGUCUCCUCCCUCUACUUGCAUUUGAUGUACAUUUGGUCGAGAAACAAUAUCAAU